AUGAGCACGUGGAAUGUUGAGUAUCUGAAACCAACGCUUCUUCAACCGGUUCCCUCGGAUAUAGCCAUCUCCAGAGCACAACCACCAAAGGAUAUUGAGAAGGUUGCCGCAGAAAUUGGAAUUCACCCAGACGAGCUUGACUUGUAUGGUCGCAAAAAGGCCAAGGUCUCUCUUGACAUUCUCGAUAGACUCACGGAGGUCAGGAACGGAAAAUAUGUCGUCGUUGCUGGAAUCACACCAACCCCACUUGGAGAAGGAAAGUCUACUACCACAAUCGGAUUGGUUCAAGCUCUUGGAGCUCAUCUUCACAAAAAUGUGUUUGCUUGUGUCCGUCAACCAUCUCAAGGGCCAACUUUUGGUAUCAAGGGAGGCGCUGCUGGAGGAGGAUACUCUCAAGUCAUCCCAAUGGAGGAGUUCAACCUUCACUUGACUGGAGAUAUUCAUGCUAUCACUGCUGCUAACAAUCUUCUCGCUGCUGCAAUCGACGCUAGAAUGUUCCAUGAAUCCACACAAGCCACUGAAGCGCUUUUCAACAGACUUGCACCAAAGAACAAGCAAGGUAAGGGCGUUCGCCCGCUCUCCGAAAUUCAAUUGCGUCGCCUCGAUCGCCUCGGAAUUCCACGCGUUACUGAUGCUGAGCAUCUCAGUGAAGAACAGAGAGUCAGCUUUGCCCGUCUCAAUAUCGAUCCAGCUACUAUUACAUGGAACCGUGUUAUGGAUACCAAUGACCGGUUCUUGAGAAAAAUUGAAAUUGGAUUGGGACCAAACGAGAAGGGACACACACGCACUACUCAAUUUGAUAUCACUGUUGCUAGUGAGCUUAUGGCUAUUCUUGCACUCACCACCUCUUUGGCUGACAUGCAAAAGAGAAUUGCUCGCAUUGUCAUCGGAUCUGACAAAACCGGAAACCCAGUAACCGCUGACGACAUUGGAGUCACUGAUGCACUGACAGUUCUGAUGAGAGACACUGUUCGUCCAAAUCUCAUGCAAACUUUGGAAGGAACGCCAGUCUUCGUUCAUGCCGGACCAUUUGCCAACAUUGCUCAUGGACAGAGCAGUAUCCUCGCUGAUAAAGUUGCUUUGAAACUUGUCGGUCAGGACGGUUUUGUGAUCACGGAAGCUGGAUUUGGAGCCGAUAUUGGAAUGGAAAAGUUCUUUAACAUCAAGUGUCGCUAUUCAGGACUCCAACCAUCUGCAGUAGUUCUCGUGGCUACUGUUCGUGCUCUUAAGAUGCAUGGAGGAGGUCCGGCUGUCGUUGCUGGAGCACCAUUGAAGCAUGAAUACCUUGAUGAGAAUAUCCCACUUGUUGAGGGAGGAUGUGAUUCCAAUCUCAGAAAGCAGAUCGAUAACGCCAACAAAUUCGGAAUCCCAGUCGUUGUCUGUGUCAACAAGUUUGCUACUGACACUGACAAAGAAUUGGAGUUGGUGUGCUCCAAGGCAAAAUCAUAUGGAGCAUUUGACGCUGUGGUUUCGGAGCACUGGUCUCAGGGAGGAGCUGGGGCAGUUGCACUUGCCAAGUCAUUGGUAAAAGCUACUGAAGGACCAGCCAAGGAGUUCAAAUUCCUGUAUGACCUGGAACUGUCCUUGGAGGAAAAGAUCGCCACCAUCGCCAAGGAAAUCUAUGGAGCUGAUGGCAUCGAGUUGAGUGCUGAAGCCAAGGAGAAACUUGAAAGAUACACGAGACAAGGAUUCUCUAAACUUCCAAUCUGCAUGGCCAAGACUCAUUUGUCGCUCUCAUCGGAUCCAACAAAGAAGGGAGCUCCAACUGGUUUCACUCUCCCAAUCCGUGACGUUCGCGCUUCCGUCGGUGCUGGUUUCAUCUACCCAUUGGUCGGUGAGAUGACCACAAUGCCAGGACUCAACACUCGUCCAUGCUUCUACGAUAUCACCAUCGAUCCUGUCACCGAGAUCAUCGAUGGACUUUUCUAA